AAUAGGCAAACUACAGUAAAGCUAACUGAACUAAUGUAGCAAAUGUUCAUUUUCAAAAAACAUCUGUCUGUGUUUGAUUUAAAAGAAUUAUUAUUAUUACUAGUUAUUUCUACUACGAAUUACGAUUAUCUAGGUAUUACAUUUUGAUUUCAAAUUGUGAAUAAUUAUUUUAUCCAUUUAAUUCCGUUUAAAUUUAUUCUUUCAUUUGUAUUUUCUAUGCUGUUCAUCGAUUUCAUAUGGCUGUCUAGUUUAUCACAUCAUUAUCGAAUAUAUGACUAACCUUGUUCGUUGUGGGCUUAAUACUAGUUUCUCAGGUGUCCUUGUGUUGCCAAGUUUUUGUUUUCGACUGUCUAAAUGAGCGAGGAUAGUUUGCAACCCAACGGUAUACUACAACAACCGUCACCUACUACAUCUAUUUACCAGCCAAUCGUACCUGACAUUGAGUUCGAACAGCCUUUAAACGACAAUCUGGACGCCAAAGAUAGAGAGAAUCAACCUUUAUUGGGACGCAUGGAUCAUGCUCCAGGCUAUAAUCAUUUUCCGGAUGAUCCGGCAUUCAGUUAUGUUAUUAAACAAUCAGAGUUAGCUAUAGAUAAUAGUGUCUUCCCUGAACGUAUUUAUCAAGGGUCCAGUGGUAGCUAUUUUGUCAAAGAUACAAAUAAUAAAACUAUUGGUGUUUUCAAACCAAAAGAUGAAGAACCUUAUGGAUUGUUGAAUCCGAAAUGGAUCAAAUGGUUACAUAAAAACUGUUGUCCUUGUUGUUUUGGUCGUUCAUGUUUAAUACCUAAUCAAGGAUACCUAUCAGAAGCUGGUGCAAGUCUUGUAUCAGUUAAACUUGGAUUGAAUAUUGUACCUAAGACUAAGGUUGCAAAGUUGGUUAGUGAGACAUUCAACUAUGGACGUAUAGAUAGAGAGAAGACGAGAAUGAAACACGCCAUUAAUGAUCAUUUUCCUAAAUUGGGACGGCGUUUUAACCGACUUGGUCUUAGGCCCAAAAUAGGAUCCUUUCAAUUAUUUAUGGAAGGUUAUAAAGAUGCUGAAUAUUGGCUUAGGCGACUUGAAUUAGCUCCAUUACCAUUAAAUCUUCAAUCCCGUUUUCAAAUUCAAUUUGAAAGGCUAGUUGUGUUAGAUUACAUUAUUCGUAACACUGAUCGAGGUAAUGAUAAUUGGUUGAUUAGGUAUGAUCAACCAAGCUUAAACUCAAGCCCAAAUGCUAGCCUUACAAAUUCUACAGUCAGUGAAAGCUCAAAUGAAUGGAAUAGUGUUCAAGAACCAGAUAUAAAGAUAGCAGCUAUUGAUAAUGGCUUAGCAUUUCCAUUUAAACAUCCUGACUCAUGGCGUGCAUAUCCCUAUCAUUGGGCAUGGCUUCCACAAGCAAAGAUUCCAUUUAGUAAGGAUACAAAAGAACUAGUAUUGCCUUAUCUGUCAGACAUGAACUUUGUUCAAGACUUGUGUGAUGAUCUUUACACUUUGUUUAAGAUGGACAAAGGAUUUGAUAGACACAUGUUUGAAAAGCAAAUGAGUGUUAUGCGUGGACAGAUAUUAAAUUUAACUCAAGCUCUAAAAGAUGGCAAAAGUCCUGUACAACUUGUUCAAAUGCCAGCUGUCAUUGUUGAAAGGUCUAAAGGUCACGUGGGAACUACCUCCAAGUUCCGUUCAUUCAGUGAUACAUUUACUCAAAGGUUUCAAAACAAAAGUCCUUUCUUUUCAUGGUGUUAAAUGCUCUUUAUUUAGAAUACAUUCAUUUUAAUACUGUGUUAUACAUUGAAAAUAAUGUCAACAUUGUGUGUAAUAAAUAAUAAUAGAAGGCUGUGGAUGUAUUAAAAAUAAUAACUUAAUAUUUUUUCGGCAAACAGGGAUAAACCAGCCUAUAGUUAUUUUAAUUGUAAUUUUUUUUAAUUAAGUAAAAAUUAAGGUUGCAUUCGGAACUGAGAUAAUAUAUUAUAUUAAAUAGUGUUUGUUUAACAUCAGUUAUAUAAUUCUGUAAGUUUUUAAGGCAAAAAAUUGUUA